GUGAACCAGCGCAACGUGCCGGGCAUCGACAGUGCCUACCUGGCCAUGGACACGGAGGAAGGGGUGGAGGUGGUCUGGAAUGAGGUCCAGUUCUCCGAGAGGAAGAACUUCAAGCUUCAGGAAGAAAAAGUUAAAGCGGUGUUUGACAACUUGAUCCAGCUGGAGCAUCUGAACAUUGUGAAGUUCCACAAGUACUGGGCAGAUGUGAAGGAGAACAAGGCCAGGGUGAUCUUCAUCACUGAGUACAUGUCUUCAGGGAGCCUGAAACAGUUCCUGAAGAAGACCAAGAAAAACCACAAAACCAUGAAUGAAAAGGCCUGGAAGCGGUGGUGUACCCAGAUCCUCUCUGCUCUCAGCUACCUCCACUCCUGUGAUCCUCCCAUCAUCCAUGGCAACCUGACCUGUGACACCAUCUUCAUCCAGCACAAUGGACUGAUCAAGAUUGGGUCAGUGGCGCCAGACACGAUUAACAACCAUGUGAAGACCUGUCGGGAGGAGCAGAAGAACCUGCACUUCUUUGCCCCGGAAUACGGAGAAGUGGCCAAUGUCACCACUGCUGUGGACAUCUACUCCUUUGGGAUGUGUGCGCUGGAGAUGGCAGUGCUGGAGAUCCAGGGGAAUGGGGAGUCCUCCUACGUGCCGCAGGAGGCCAUCAACAGUGCCAUCCAGCUGCUGGAGGACCCGCUGCAGCGGGAGUUCAUCCAGAAGUGUCUGGAGCAGGACCCUGGCAGGCGCCCCACGGCCCGCGAGCUGCUCUUCCACCAGGCGCUCUUCGAGGUGCCGUCGCUGAAGCUGUUGGCUGCACACUGCAUCGUGGGGCACCAGCAUAUGAUUCCUGAAAACGCUUUAGAAGAAAUGACCAAAAACCUUGACAUGAACGCGGUGUUGGCAGAGAUCAAUCACGAGGACAGGGAAGGAGUCAAGAUGAUCUUCUCACAGUCUCCAGCGUUGGAGCUGGACAAGUUCCUGGAGGAUGUAAGGAACGGCAUCUACCCCCUGACGGCUUUUGGGAUGCCUCGGCCCCAGCAGCCCCAGCAGGUCGUGGUGAAGUCUCCCAUUGCUCCCCCAUCAGUGAAGACCCCAACCCCAGAGCCUGCUGAGGUGGAGACCCGCAAGGUGGUGCUGAUGCAGUGCAACAUCGAGUCUGUGGAGGAGGGGGUAAAGCACCAUCUGACACUGCUGCUGAAACUGGAAGACAAGUUGAAUCGACACUUGAGCUGCGACUUGCAGCCCAAUGACAACAUCCAGGAGCUGGCAGCUGAACUGGUCCAGCUUGGGUUCAUCAGCGAGGCUGACCAGAGCAGACUCACCUGUUUAUAGAGGCUCAGAGCCAUAGAUUGGGAGGAUAGCAAGUUCUACUACACUCGGAACGGAGCCCUGACGGCAGUGACUGUGUCCUCUUAG